AGAGAUUUUAUGAUCCAACCGAGCAAUAUCGUGGAGGCCCCCGUAACCCAGCAACCACCUAAUUGGUCAACCUGAACCACGUGCCACAACCCCUAUCCUCUGAUUGGUUAAUGUGAAUCGCGUGAUCUCUUAAUGGAGGUUAAAAAGCAGGUGGUAAAGCCGUCAGUGUGGAACUUACUAGAACGUAAGAUAGCACCAUUGUGGGUUAAUGAUGAUCGGGAGGAUGUCAUAUUAGCAAAGAUACAGAAAGAGGAGGCAGAGGAGAGGGAACUCGCCAAGGCUACACCUCAAUACCAGAUUGGGAACAUGAGGGAUGUAUGCAGAAUGUUGAUAGACCAACACAAGGAACCAAAGUUAGACUUUGCACCUCAGCAAACUAGGAGUAAAUCUAAGAUAGAGCAGGAGGAACAACAACAGGACACAGGACUAAAGAAGCUGAUAUUUGUGGAGAUGGAAGAAUACCCGGGUUUCUUUGACACCCCCUGUGAUCUGCCCCAGAAAGUAGAGACUCAGUCCAUUAUGAGAAUUGUAACAUCCUCCAUCAGAAUCACUGAGAAGCCGGGCCUGAUGAGGGAGUGGAAGGAUUUCUUCUUUUCUGAAGAAAGUCAAGACAUUCUUCACGACCUCUUCUGGUGGUUCUUCCUCAAAAAGUUCCAGAAGCCUCCCCCGGAGUCACUUAGCUUUGUUUAUGAGCGGGAACUGCGUGAGAAAACAUCACUUCUGUUCGGAAGAGUAGCAAGAACAUACACCAUGCUUCUGAACGGUACUUUCAGGCUGAUAAACAGAGAGAAGUUGUUACUACAGUACCCUAACGCUAUAGCACAGGCUAUCUACGCUGCGUACUGCCACGCUUUCCCUGUGUCUUGGAGAAGAUACGACACUCCCUUCAAACAGGAUGUGUUGGAGACAGUGAACCUAUGGAUGACAGGAACUAAGCCGAGUAUACGACACUGGUUAUAUUGGGACUACAGUAAACUGGAGCCUCCCAAUAUGAGGAAAGAUAGUAUAGAUAAGGAUGCUAACAACCAAAAACAGAAGGUAUCAGUGCGCGACAAGUCCUCGGUGGACAGCAUCCUAACAUUCCCUUCUACCUCCGGCAAACUGUCACCUGGUCUGGCACGUGACAAACAAACGGAUAAACAGUCCCACAAGGGGGACAACUCCCACACCUCCCUGUCCUCUAGUAGAUUGUCUAAACAAGUUACUCAUGAUACCUCCAGGAAAAAUCUGAGUGUUCACGGCAGUGUGUCCCCUGCAGCUGGUAGAGCAGCCAGUGUGUCCCGUCAUCCCAGGUCUACUCUACACACCCUACCCAGACUCAAAGGAAAACGGAACAUCGAGUCCCACUCGGCGGAGCCCGGACCAGACUUUGUCCUGACUAAGUUUGACUUGUCCGGACACUCCCCUCUGGUAGAGUAUUGUCUUAGGGAACAGAACCUUGCUAAGGACGUGGGUAUCUCUAAACUACUGAACAGAAAGGAGAUCUCUAGCUACCCGUCACUGGAAGGACAAACCUACCGUCAACUAAUCAGUAAGUCACGAACACGUGUCAAGGAGAUAACACGUGACAUGAACAAGUACUGGGAAGAAUGCAGACGACUCCAUAUCAGAACCACCAAUGAUAACCUAGCACAGCGACUAGAAUACCAGCACAGGAGCGGGAAGUUGUUAGAUAACACAGCUGUAGUCAGUAAACUAGCUGAGAUGAUCGUGUACGACAGGUUACACGGGACUACUGGAGCUGCUGCUAAGAUAUCAUCUACUAUCGACUCUCUGAUAGCUUUACAGGAAGAACAAGAGGAGAAACAGCUACACUCUCAUUCUUAACAUUAUCUUUAUCCUUAUCUUGUUAUCUCUCACUAUUUUAGUAUUUUGUUUGUCUGUAUUUGAGCCCUUUUUUUAACAGUAAAGUGUGUUUUUGAUACUGUAUUUUGAAUACCAUUAGGUCUUCAGUGAAGGAUGUUCAAUGUUGUUUUGGUGAUAAAUUUGGGGAUGAUUCUGUGUGAGGUUAUCUUAAAGUCUUGAGUAAAUUUUUAGUUAUUGGCAUGAAUAUUUACGACCAAUUAUUAUAAGAUUUAAAAGAUUAUUUGAUUUUAUGAACCUACUACUAUUUGGAUGUUGAAUUGCUAGUAACACUUUUGUUGUUACAAAUAUCGAUAAUUAUCUCAACUUGGGGAGGGGGGUUUGGAUGAAACUGCCAAUGAUGGUCGUUGCAAAUAAGCCGACUGUUUUGUUAUUCAUUGGAUGAGCUACACAUAUUAUUGAUUAUCGAUGUUUGAUGAUUUAAAUUAAAUAUCGUUAAAAUUCCUAACAAAUAGUUCUUUAGUAAGGUAUGUCCACCAAAGGAACAACAAUAAAAGAAGCUCUAGCAGCAUGGGAGACGAAAAUGGGAGAAAAAGCUGCCGAAGCGGAGGAGAUAAAGUUGAUUUGUCAGAUUCCCUCAAUUGAGAAGAUGGAUGCCUCCCUCUCUACCCUAAACAACUGCAAGAAACUGUCGCUUUCUACUAACGCUAUUGAGAAAAUCACAAACUUGAACGGGCUGAAAUCUCUGAAGAUUCUGUCGCUUGGUCGAAAUAACGUUAAGAGUUUCAGUGGGUUAGAACCUGUGGGGGACACGCUCGAAGAACUCUGGAUCAGCUACAACUUGAUCGAGAAAAUGAAAGGAAUCGGAGUACUGAAGAAACUGAAGGUACUCUUCAUGUCCAAUAACCAAGUUAAGGAUUGGUCGGAAGUACAGAAAUUAGCCGAGUUGCCGUGUUUGGUGGAUCUGAACAUGGUGAGCAACCCGAUUGAGGAGAAACACUCCCUGGACCAAACCUGGAGGGCGGAGAUCGAGAAGAAACUGGUGAAACUGAAGAAGUUGGACGGUAUCCCAAUUGUCAGACAGGAUGAGGAAGAUGAGGGAUAAAUUAAGUGUUGAGAUGUGGAGACUUGAAGGGAGACUGUUGAAACUUGUGUUAUGGUCCUGGAUUCAAGAAAUUUUGGGUAGUUUUUUUCAAUAAUCGGGCUGUUCAAUGAUUUGCAGAUUUAAUCCAGUUUUUCACAGUUAAAUUAUACCUUUUGGGCGUUUUGAGGACAUGCACUAUUUCGAUGGCCACCUGUUGUAAUUGAAAGCAAGAAAAAUAUGCUUACAAUUGUUUUUAUUUAUAUAUAGAUCUGUACAUAAUACGAUAAUAUAAUGUUUUCAUAUUUAA